CUCCAUCAUCCUCAUUGGUAAAGAGAGUAUUUGCACAAUGUGAUGACACUUUUCCAAUGACCUUUGAUUCAUUUGUAAUUACCCCUGAUCCAGUAGUGGUCGGUAAAGAUGCUAGCUUAAGCUUCAAUGGCACAACCACAGAGCCUAUAGAAAGUGGAACCACAUACUCGCUUGUUAGUACUGUUGAUGGAGUAGAAUAUCCCAGCGAAGGAGAUUUUUGCACAACUUUCAAUCAAACAUGUCCAGUCGCAGCCGGACCUUUUACAUUCACAGGCAACGAUACCUUUCCAGCUAUUGAUGUACCCGCAGGAGAAACUACUACAUAA